AUGGACAAGUGGGCGCCCAUGGCUCCUACAAAGCCUGGCGGGCCCAGCUCCGCCGGAGGCAUGUUCAGCUUCGGCGUCCUGAAACCAAACAAAGCCGGAGCUGCGACCAAUGCCGCCGCCCGGGCUCGAAGUGGACCGCGAGUAGGACGAUGGCCGGAAGACGUCUUAGUCAAGAUCGUCGGAUACCUGCCAGUGCAUGACAUUCCGAACUUUGCCCGUGCGAACAGGGCACUGGCGCGCAUCGCACGAACGGAAAGUACAUGGGAGCACCGAUGCCGAGUGCUCGGAAUCACCGAGGUCGACACAGAGCCUCCGGAAGGAGUGCCGAGUCCGAAAAAGCAGGUGACGCCGAGCCCGCAGUCCUCGAAGAUGGCGAGCAUCAACGGCAAGCUUAAUCAGGCGCAAGACGACGACGACUUCGGCGACUUCGGUGAUUUUGGCGAAGCCAACGAUGCCUUCGAGGAAGUCGACUUCGGGGAUUUUGCGACGCCCUCCAAGCCGGCAGUAUCAAAGGAGCAGAACCUCAUGGACUUUGACGCCGUUCCGCUACCGUCACGACCAACUGCUGGGACACGCACCCACGGGUUCUUUGCGGUAUCAGCGCCGCCGCCCGGACCAAGAACGAAGCCAGGAGAGUGGUACGAGACGUACAAGCGGAGGCACGUUCGACUGCUCCCGCAAUGCCUGCACCUUCGAAAUUCGCCCUCGCCGUCCACAGCGCUGUCGCUGCUGUUCGCCCCUGACCCGAAAACAGCACUGGUCCCGAGCUUGUCAGAACAAGGGGAUCUCCUGCUGGCACUGUUGAGGUUCCUCUCGCCCGAGAUCCAGCCAGUUAACGACUGGGGUUUCCUGAGGCAAUCGCUGUUAGCCGCGGCCGACAGGUUCGACUCAACAUGUCUCGUCGCGUUCGAGAUGGCGGACAGCAAGAAGGACAUAGAGGGGAUGCAGGCCGCCGCGGACGCGAGCUGGAAGGUCUGGCAAAGUGGCGGCGGACGGAGAGAGGAGUGGGAGUGUGGACGGGUCUGGAUUGAGAAGCGCAACGUCUUCUACGAGACCGGGAACAAGGUGCCUGAUCCGACAGGAACAGCGCUCGUGCGACAACUCGACUUCACGCCAAUGGACGCGUUCAUGGCCCAUGUUCUAGAGAGCUUCAAGCUCGACUGCGAGUUGGCGAUCAAGGUGUUUCCGCCGACAGCGGGCGUCGUGCUCACUCUCUGCGACCGCGUCGCUGCCGAUGUCAUCGGAGAAUACGUGCAAACGCUGCUCAGCCAAACUCGUGUCAUGUCGCAGGAACUCAGUCUGCAGGCGACUGCCGCCUCCUUCAUCCAGUCGUGGAAGCUCGUUGAUACCACCCUCGAACUUCUCGGCGACAAGAAGUCGGACGCAGAGCGGACAGCGAUCGAGAAGUCGGUAUAUGACAUGUUUGAGCCGCACAUGGACGAGUACCUUGAGGACGAGACCGAGUGGACGCAGAACGCGCUCAACGGCAUCUGCAACGCCUGGGACGCGCAGCUGGGUACCAAGACUGGAGCGAUCUCCGGGUCGGCCGAGUCACGGUUCGCUGCCGCCACAUCAGGACAACCGCAGUUCUUGACGUCCCAGAACCCGGACCAAGUCAAGCGCAACGUGCUCGCCGGCUUCAAGGAUGCGCUCCUGCUCCCCGUUACGAUCGUUCCGCGCACCGUCUCUUUCGGAGUCAACGCCAUCGUAGCAGGUGGAUCACAUGCCGUCGCGGGUCUCUCCAUGCUGAAUCCACAAAAGUGGACAGCCAGUACCUCCAGUACCAGUCAGACUAAGGGUACGACUGGGAAGAUGGUCAACGGAGAGGUCGUCUUCGACACGACAGGCGUCGACCGGCCUGACUGGGAGGACGACAAGGACAAGAUCGACAUAGUUACGGAGAAGGUUGAUGACCUCGAACUCAACGGCAACGAAAAGGGCGCUGACGAGGAAGACGAGGUCGACAAUCUCACCGUCCCCACCCCUGCUGCGGCUGCCUCUGGAGCCACGACUCCCGGUUCGACUGCAAGCGCUAACAACGCGAGCAACACCGACUUUGAGAGGCUGCAGCUGCUCGUCUCGCUCGACACGGCGCUCGAGCUGAUCCACGGUGAUCGUGAAAGUCUGAAGCGAACGGAGACGUUUGCCAAGUAUCCUGGCAAGUGCGGCACCAAGGUUGUCGAGACGGUCGAGGAGCUGUUCAUUCUGCUGCUUAAGGCUAUCGGUGAUCGGCACAUCGCACCAGGUUUCCGCAUCGCCACCAAGCAGAUGCUCACCUACAAGCCGGCCGAGCAUGACGAGACUGCGAGCGUUGCCCCGUUGCUGCAAUUCUUUGAGCUGGUGCACGUCGGAGACACGAUCCAGAGCAUGGUCCAGGUGUACUUUGACAAGGAGAUCGCGCAGUACGUUGACAAGACCGACUUCCUGAACCCCGUGAUGCGUGAGAAGAAGCGCUUUGAAGGAGUUCUGGAUGACGCCGUUGCUGCAGGCCUGAAUGCGGGCAUUGAGGUCGAGCACAUUGUCAUGACCAAAACCGGCCCUCGGGAGUACUACCCGGAGCCGGGUGUGCCCCUAGAGCUUGGGCCGACGCUAGGGUGCCGGGAGGCGAUCGCGUGCUUGGAGAUGCACUGCAACCUCCUGAAGGGCAGCACAUCGAAGGAGGUUCUCGAGGUGUUCUACCAGGAAGUCGGUAUCCGUCUGCAGGCAAUUCUGCAGCGCCACCUGAAGCGUCAGAUCAUCUCGCUCGAAGGUGGCUUCCAGAUCAUCGCGGACCUGAAUGCGUACCACGCAUUUGUCGCUAGCCUGAAGCAGCAGCGCAUCACUGAGGACUUUGCCAACCUCAAGAUGCUGGGACACGUGUUCAUCGUGUCUGAUGCAAAGGACCUGGCGCAGAUUGUGCGCGAUGUGACGCGCUACGGAGGCGAGUUCAGACCGGAAGACAUCUAUGAGUUCAUCCAGCGACGAGCCGAUUGGAAGAAGAUCGAGAAGACGGUCGACAAGGCGAUGUAUGCCCUGGACACCGGCAAACAAAGGGCGGCGCUGGGCGCUGUGGACUGUGGAUGGGCACGCUUACCGUUGGACCGUGGUUGUAUUCCUGGGUGGGAUGCCACCUUUGGGCCGGGCCGGUUCGACCGGACCGAGGGACCGCAACCCGUAUGGUGGGUAUGGUGCACCGAGCCGGGGCAGUUGCCUCAGCCGGGGCACAUGGGCGGCUGGGCGGGGCAGUUCCGAUCUCUCACCAUCCACUUUCUUGAUCCUCUUCAUCCACGGACAAGGUUCACUCCUGCUCUCCGCUCCAGCGGUACUCUCGCCAUGGACGUGAAGCCUUCCUCGGGGUCACCUCCCCGCGACGACGACGCAAAGAAGGACAAGGAGAAGGCAAGGCGCGGUUAUCGCGCAUGGGUGACAUCUCGGCGCCUUCCUCGCCGCCAUGCGCGCGAUGCCGCCGCGAGUCGCCGCAGGCGAGACGAGCAAGAGUCAUCCAGCUCUCAACCAGACACGAACGGCGCACCCAAGCUCCCCUCUGCGCCGUGGUACGACAACCGGGCUCCCUCCACCGACCCCUCGCCCACCACCGCUCGGCUACCCAGCCCGGGUCCGUCGUCGUUCUACCCCCGGCAACCAAGUUACGGGUACGACGUGCCGUCUGCAACCUCGAUCAGCUCGAGCAAGUCGCACGAAGCCGCGUCCCCUUCCUCCUCGCUAGACAAGCGUAGGAAACUGCACCGGCCUGACGCGAAUAGUAUUCUGCAGGCUGGCAUGCAGAACGAGGCGGACGCACUUCAUAUCCUCGCCAUCGCGGCCGGACGCCCGGCCACAGAUGACCGCAGGCGCCGGCCCACCUUUUCCAGCGGCACGGUGACUCCCGCGAGAAACCGUGAGCAGCCGGCGCGCAUCGAAGAUUUCGCACUCGUCAAGCUCGGCAUCGUCGACGGUGAGCAGCCCAUGGUUUCCGCAGAGAGGAUUCCCCAGUCGCGAGAGCAGCUGGCUCAGUUUGCCUGCAACGAGCGGUACCUCACCAGCGCCAUGGUGAUCAUUGCGUCGAGGCACGACAGCGGGCCGGGCAUGCGGCACAUCCACGACCGCGCGUGGAGCACGAUGCGGGGAUGGAUCAGCGAGGUCAUCUGUUUCGGUGCGCCGCCAACUGUUGGUCUCGUCGAGGCGCUGCUGUUGCUAGCCGAGAACCUCCCUCGCGAUCCGCCACCGGCUGAUGUCCCUGACCCAGUACACGCCCAGGGAUUCGGCGAGGAGGUGCACGGCGCUGAGAACCGUCAAGCGUGGAUGAUGAUCGGCAUGGCGAUUCGCAGUGCAUACUCUCUCGGUCUGGACAAGCUCGCCACGAAGAUCCUGCCCGAGGAAGAGCGGACGUACGAGGUCGAGCGGGCGAGACUGGUGUGGACAUACUGCUACCUAUUUGACCGGCACGUCUCCUUGCGUCUGGGCAAGGCAUUCUGGUCGCGCGGCCCGAACGUGUGCUUCCAGGGCUUCUCAGCGUCGGCGCAGACGGGUCCGACCGCUGCUCCAGGCAACUUCCCUUUCCUUCGCGAAAUUGCGCCAGAACGCGGCGACCUUGUGCAGGACGACCUGGCAUCGCUGGUACAGACGUAUCUCGAGUUGACGCAGCUGAUGAGCAACGCGCACGACGUUUUGUAUCCUAACGCGGGACGCACACGGUCGCUGAUCCUGCACGCCGAGUACUUCAAGUACAUUGACGAACUCGUGCGCAGCCUGGACGGAUUUAGGAUCCUGUGGCGUGACAAGAAGUGGAAGCUGUUCCCAUUGACCGACGCCGUGUGGGCCAUGUUUUACUACACGCAGCUGUACAUCUGCUCUUUCAGCUUCCACGCGCACGUCGAGCGCGCCGCCAUGCGUGCUGAGGAGGAGGCGCGGAAGAACCCCUCCGAUGUGCGUCCGCACCUCAGCCUGUUUCCGCGUGGUGCCGCCGCUUCCCCAGAUGCGCGCUACAUCUUCCAGUCGAUCGACGCCGCGCGCCAGCUCCUGCAUAUCUGUGUCGAUAGCCUUGCUCCAGGUGGCGCGCUGCCAUAUUUGCCCAACCGCUUCUUGCUGUGGUUCACGUACGCCGCAAUUUUGCUCCUCAAGGCAAUGUACAGCGGCGCAAUGCUCCGUGCCGACCAUCCCGGAGCGCACCGGCUCAUCGAGCGCCUAAUAACUGCCUUCGAGGACGCUUCGCCGGACGACGACCACCCCGCAGUCCGAUACGGCAGGCAGCUGCAGGGCCUCUGCAACAUUCUGGCAGGUAUGGCAACAGCAGCGAACAGUCCCAGCGGAGGACCGCCCGGACAGCCCGCUGGACCGUCAACCUUCCCCUCAGCCGAGGACUCGAACCAGGCUCCUUGGGGCGACGGAGGGGAGUACUUCCCGCCGGCGGGCGAGGCUGCAGCUGCCGAUGCAGCCAGGGAUAUUCAGAACAAUCUGGGGUUUGCGACGUUGGAUGACUGGUUCAAGUUUGGAGGAAGCUGUGCGCAGGAGCAGCAUCCCGUCGAGGCACUUGAUCUGGCUGACUUCUGGAUGAAGGUCGGGCCGACAGAGGCGCAAGGAGGAUUCCCAUUCCGACUAAAAAAGGCGAGGAUCGUGUCGAAGAACGAGAAACCCUGCCUGCCCUGA